CUCGUUGAAAGUUUGAAAACAAACCAGCAGCAAGAGGAGGAGGAAGAGGAGGAAGAGUAACAUUUGAAGAUAUUAAUAUUGUCUGAAAACAUUCAAUAACAACACAGAGUCAUGGCCUCCAGCAGCGCACGUCAGAAGAGGAGCUCACAGAGGUUGCCUGCAGGGGUGAGCGGUGAGGUGACGGCAGGACCCUUACGGGACAGGAGCACUGACCUCAUCGAUCUGCAAAAACAACUCCGCGAGAAUGAAGAGCUGGACACAAAGUGCAAAGAGCGCAAAGAAAUGUUGCAGAAUUUGCAGAAGCGGAAAGUUGAGUUGCAGGAGGAGUAUGAAAGAUUGAGCGAGGAGCACCUGAGCUUUGAUACGUUUCUCAAGGUUGACGCUGCUGAUCAAUUAUCCGACAAAGCAGAGAGGGAGAGGAAUAAGGUGCUUCAGCUGGAGGCAGAGCUAAAGAGGCAGAGACUGGAGUAUGUCGAACUGAUGGAGAGGAAACAGGAGCUGCAGCGCCAGAUGCAGAGUCACUCUGUGUAUUCAGACUUCAUGUCGCAGGUGGUCAAGCUAACUAAGUAUGAUGAUGUGCAGGGGCUCACGAGUCAGUUAGAGAACCUUCUCCACUUUCGGGACCAUCUCUAUCAGAAGGAGAGUACGGCGCAGGAGCAGGUCGACGAGCUGAGAAAAGCGCUGCUAUCACUGCGCGACCAGCAUCACUUCCUGCGGCUGCACAAGAACAACCAGCUGUCUCAGCUCCACACCGAGCUAGAGAAGACACGCUCUGAUGCUCUAACAUGGGAGAGGAAGUGGAACCACAUUCAGGAAACAGCAGCAAAGGAAACACUCCAACUGGGACAAAUUAAGAUGGCGACACUCAACCUCUACGAAAUGACGGAUGAAAAGGAAGGAGAAGAAGCUGUUGAUGUGAACGACACAGAGAAACAGCUGGACAAGAUCAAGAUGUUCAUCCAGGACCACAGCGACAUAUUGAAACAAUAUCAAACUCCCUCACAAAGACAAGAUGACCAGAAAAAAUGUAAGCCCAAAAAGCGCAUCCCAACAUGUAAAAAACAUGCUUUGUUUCCAAGCUGAUUUAAAACUGAAUUCACUGAAUGUAAUAAAGUAAAGUGUGUUUGUAAGAUGUUCUAAUGUAAAAUUCUGUGACUGUGAACUUGUAGACGAUGAACUUCAAUAAA